UUGAAAGAAUUGAGUGUAGUUGCUGUGGCUUCAGGGGUUUUCCAUUAGUGGCAUUAGGUUAGAGACGGGACGUGACAACGUUGUGACUGGCGUUUCUUCUAUCUGUCCCCAACAGCAGAGAACAAGCUGUCUUAAUUUGGACUUUGGUCUCUGAAAACACACCUCAGACAAAUAUUUCGGGGGUUUACAUUUGAAACAGUCCCCCGGUAUGUCACAUUUGGUUGAGCCCAGCGCUCCAGCAGAAUCAAGAUGGCUGACUGAGGAGCGACGCGCCGAAGUUCACUUUUAACUCCUAAUGCCAUCCUCCACUGCUCUGUUGCUGCAUGAUGAGAACAAAUACGGCAGGGUUCCUCCAGAUUUGGAUCAGAAGGUUUUCAUGUCUACAGAGUUUUCCAGGUGUCUUUCUCUGGAAUGUCCUGUCAAGGUGGCCUGAAGGGGUACAACCCCGAAACACAGACUACCAGCACUAGCACUCCCACUGCUGAGAGACGGCAGAGACAUCUACAGAUGGGCACAUCCUUAUGUAGAGACCUCUGUACAGCUUGAGAAAGAGAACCAACCAAGCAGCAGAGGCUGAACUUUGGACCUGAUAGCGAGCCCAACUGGUCCUGAGAAAGAAAUUACUUGUGUUGGUGUUAAAUGUUAUUGAACCAACGUCCAUUUCUUAUUUUACAAUCUCCUGAUAAUUGGCUUUCUGUCCAUUAAAUAAUCAUCUAUCCUUCCCUUCCUCCCAUCUUUCUUUCAAUUAGCUGAAAGUGUUUUUGCACUGAAGAGCUAGAAGUAGACAGUAGGUAAUGGAUUAUGCCGGCCAUGGUGACCUAGUGUAAAUGGCUAUUCUUCAGCACAGCUCAGUGCCAGUAUCAGCUGCUCAAUCUUCCUCCUCCACUCCCCUCUCCUCUCACCCUAACUCCACCUCUCUGCUCUCCUGCCCUGUUCAUUGGUGCUGCUUGCUGACCAGUCCUGCCUCUACCCUCCAACACCAUGGUGGGUGCAGGCUUAGGUGUUUGGAAGCUAAUGCGAGGUAUCCGCCAGCUGGAGCUUCACCGCCUCAUACUGGCACUUAUCAUCUUCUGUUUGCUGUCCAUGGCCUUCCUAGCUUACUACGUCUCCAACAGCCCCAAAAUCAAGGAGGCCCCUCCUUUACCCUUCAGUGACUGUGGUGGAGGGGGAGGAGUGUCACCAGGAAUGAGUACUGGGGCUGCUGGUAAAGGGCCAGGUGGCCAGAGGGCACCUCUUUUCCUUCCCCCACGACAGGGACGACUGAGACACGUGAAGGCCAUGGACAAUUCCAGAACAGAGCCUGUGAUUCUAGUGUUUGUAGAGAGUAUCUACUCUCAGCUGGGCCAGGAGAUUGUAGCCAUAUUAGAGUCAAGUCGCUUCCACUACCGGACAGAGAUCGCUCCUGGUAAAGGUGAUAUGCCCACACUGACAGAGCGUAACCGUGGACGCUACACAUUAAUCAUUUAUGAAAAUGUGUUAAAAUAUGUCAAUUUGGAUGCAUGGAACCGUGACUUACUGGACAAGUACUGUGCUGAGUAUGGAGUGGGCGUCAUUGGCUUCUUCAAAGCUAAUGAAAACUCUCUGCUCAGCGCACAACUCAAAGGAUUCCCCCUCUUUCUACACUCACACCUGGGACUCAGGGACUAUCGCAUCAACCCCAAUGCUCCUCUACUCUACAUCACCAAGCCCAACCAAGUGGAGCAGGGCUCUUUACCAGGGGAUGAUUGGACAAUUUUCCAAUCUAACCACUCUACCUAUGAACCAGUGCUUCUGGCCAGCACAAAGUCCUCUGAGGUACUGGUACAUUUUGGACCCAGCCCUCUACGGGCACUUCAUUCCACAGUGGUCCAGGACUUGGGACUUCAUGAUGGCAUUCAAAGAGUUCUCUUUGGAAAUAAUCUCAACUAUUGGCUUCACAAACUGGUGUUUGUAGAUGCCAUCGCCUACCUGACAGGAAAGAGAUUGUGUUUGUCCUUAGACCGUCAUAUUCUGGUGGACGUGGAUGAUAUAUUUGUUGGCAAAGAGGGAACCCGCAUGAAGGUGUCUGAUGUGGAGGCAUUGCUCAACACUCAAAACAAGUUGAGAGCACUGGUCCCUAAUUUCACAUUCAACCUGGGAUUUUCUGGAAAAUUCUAUCACACAGGCACUGAUGAAGAGGAUCAGGGAGAUGACAUGCUGCUGCAACACAGGAUGGACUUCUGGUGGUUUCCUCACAUGUGGAGCCAUAUGCAGCCUCACCUCUUUCACAAUGUCAGUGUACUGGCUGAGCAGAUGAGGCUCAACAAGAUCUUUGCUCAGGAGCAUGGCAUCCCAACAGAUAUGGGCUAUGCAGUAGCUCCGCACCACUCUGGGGUUUACCCAGUUCACACCCAACUCUAUGAUGCUUGGAAGUCUGUGUGGGGAAUCAAGGUGACCAGCACUGAGGAAUACCCCCAUCUGAGGCCAGCUCGAUACCGCCGUGGCUUUAUCCACAAUGGGAUCCAGGUGUUGCCCAGGCAGACGUGUGGUCUGUUUACCCAUACAAUUUUCUAUAAUGAAUACCCAGGAGGUUCAAAGGAACUAGACAAGAGCAUCAGAGGAGGAGAACUCUUCCUCACUGUCCUCCUCAACCCUGUCAGCAUCUUCAUGACCCACCUGUCUAACUAUGGCAACGACCGACUGGGUCUGUACACCUUUGAGUCUUUGGUGAAGUUUGUUCAGUGUUGGACGAACCUCAGGCUGCAGACAUUGCCCCCCAUCCAACUUGCUGAGAAAUACUUCCAGAUCUUCCCUGAGGAGAGAGAUCCACUCUGGCAGAAUCCUUGUCAUGACAAGAGACACAAAGAUAUUUGGUCUAAAGAAAAGACCUGUGACAGACUCCCCAAGUUCCUCAUCAUUGGACCACAAAAAACAGGCACCACAGCGCUUCACUCAUUCCUGAGCCUCCACCCAGCAAUCACCAGCUCCUUCCCAAGCCCCACCACCUUUGAGGAAAUCCAGUUCUUCAGUGGAGCAAACUAUGACAAUGGGAUUGACUGGUAUAUGGACUUCUUCCCAUUCCCUUCCAAUGUCAGCACAGACUUCAUGUUUGAAAAGAGUGCCAACUACUUUGACACAGAGGCAGCACCUAAAAGAGCUGCUGCCCUGCUACCCAGAGCCAAAAUCCUAGCAGUGCUUAUCAAUCCAUCUGAUAGGGCUUACUCCUGGUACCAGCAUCAGAGGGCCCACCAGGAUCCUGCAGCCCUCAACAACACUUUCCAUGCUGUGGUGACAGCAGGCCCCUCAGCCCCCAGGGAUCUGCUGGCCCUUCAGAGACGUUGCCUUAAUCCUGGCACUUAUGCUGCUCACCUCGAACGCUGGCUGCAACACUACCAGCCUAGCCAGCUGCACAUUGUGGACGGAGCCCUGCUACGCUCUAACCCGGCACUGGCGAUGGAGGGAAUCCAGAGAUUCCUUGGUGUCACACCCAUCUUCAACUACACCCAGGCUCUAAUGUAUGAUGACAGCAAAGGCUUCUGGUGUCAGCGAGUGGAGGGAGGCCGAGCCAAAUGUCUGGGGAAGAGUAAAGGCAGGAGGUACCCAGACAUGAGCUCUGAGAUGCGUACUUUUCUGGCAGAGUAUUACCGUGAGCACAACAUGGAGCUGCUGCGUUUGCUGAAUCGGUUGGGCCAACCACUGCCGUCCUGGCUCCGCCAAGAACUUCAGAGUACCAGCUGGAGCUGAGGCCACUUGUCCACACACAGGCAAACACUACACAGAACAGCUGGACCGGAGUCUGUGAUUGAGCCAUUUAGCUCUGGAUUAGACUGGACUACCUGAUCUGGAAUCAACAGCAGCGCACACUGAAAGAGCUACAAGGUUUUAGCUGAUCUUACCAGUGCUCCUGUUCCAUGGAAAAAUGAAGACUGUGCAACAUGAGAUCUUUGUUAAAAUGUUGGUCACUGUUUGAAAAAGAUCAAUGAAUUCCCUCCUCCUGAUCUGUUGCCAACCUCUCACAGGCACCGGGCAGCCUGCAUGCUGUUGGUCAGUGUGUUGGAUGAGGCUCACACUGAAUACAUUAGCUAUGAAUCUAGUGGACUGGGUGACUCGCAGGUUUGUGGCAUUGAGGACAGGUCAGAUAGCCUUAAUAUGAGGAGAGAAGUUCACAGGGUGAGACUCUGUGGAUGUGGAGUGUAAGACUGGAUACAGGACAAGCAUGCACAAAUACAGACACAUGCACAUCUCGACAUUCUCUACAGGUUCGAUUGUAAAGCAGUCCAGUUUUAAAACGGGUUGUAUAUGUGAGUUUGGGGGCAGGAGACGAGCAGAGGAGCCAGCAUCCUACAGCAGGCAGCACAGACACGCAUCCUCAUCCAGUAUUUACUGUUAGACAUACAUCAGCCUGCAGGACCAGCAAGCUAUCGGGCUGCUGUGUUCCACUUUAUCCUCAGUUUUCCCAGUCACAGUCCCAGUGACACAUUUUAAAAAUGGAUUUAACUCAUAAUGACAGGUCAAUGUGAAUAUCACGUGCUUAGAUUUGGCACAUGACUAAAACACAGGUGUGGUCCAAGCUGUGCACGCCACUUAAAUCCUGUCAGUGAGCAGUUUUAUUAUUAUACUUUGCUUAUUUGCAAAGGUAACGAUGGUUUUUGACUGAUGACACACUGUUCUCCACUGUAGCUAAGGUCUCCUUGCAUUCUCCAGCUUUGUUUUAAACUUGCAAUGUCAUCGCUUUUAGCCUAUAUGCCAUUGAAAAUAUAUAUAUAUAUAUACACACACACACACACACACACACACACACACACACACACACCAUCUAUGUGAAUCCAAAUGGAGUAAACCACACAAAAUACUGUUGAGUAAUAGUUGUGCUGUAGACCAGGAUUUUUAUCUGUUUGAGUUAAUACAAAUGACAUCGUAUUGUUUUGAGAGAAGUUUUGGUACCUGGACGCAACAUGAAAGUUAAGAUUUUACUUGAGCUCUUUAUAACAUCGUGGGUGUAAUCGGCUACAUUGAGAAUCCAGUGUCGAGGUAAAGCAGCAUUGUUUUGUCGUCUGAUUUAAUGACUCUGGCUGGACACCACUGCCUUUCAACAUGUAAGUAGUCAUUGUGUAUACCAAGCUGAUGGGACAAGAGUAAUGUUGGAACGUUUUUCAAGAGAAUCACGUUUUGUAAUGAGGACCAUUAAAUCAGAUAAAAAUGGUCCAUUGAAUCUUUUCUAAAGGGGUAUUCUAGUGAUUUAGUAUUGCACUUCUGCAAAGUUGGAGGAGCCACCAGAGAGAGAUUUUAUAAAAUUGAAGCAGCAGCCUUAUUGCCUGGUAAAUAGUCACAACUUUUUAAACUUUAUGUCUCCAGUUUAUAAAUCAGGCUUUUUAUUUUGUCUGAAAGCUCAGAUUGACAGUUGACAUUAGGAACAGUAUUAUUUUGGGGCUAUAAAGUGUUUAUUUAUUUUUGUCAUCAUUCAAAAAUACCAUUUAAAUAAUGAUAAAUAGUUUGCACUGAUCCUGACUGGAUGUGGUCAUGAGGCAGAGCCCUGGACCACAGCUAUCAAACCUACUGCGGGGUUUUAGGGAGUUUUACUGUGAGAGGGCAAAAAGCACCUCAGCCAGGAGGAGUGUUCAGCCUCAGAAAAGAAAAAAACCUGUUUGUCAAGUAUCUUCUGAAAGCCAACACACGUUACUCCCUCUCACACUCUUAUUAACAUCUGAGGAUAAAACCCACAAAUGUCACAGGACAAGAAAACAGACAUCAGAGCCAAAACACAGACCAAUCAGAAGCUGCUGUCUUGUUGUUUUCUGUUUGUUUUGUAUAAUUGUCAAAAGGCCAACACUGUAUUAUCGCUAAUAAACACAUAAAGAGGUUGGAA